AUGAUCAACAGCCUUUUCGUCAUAAAUAAUGUUGGGUAGGUAUCGUUUGAAACUUGAAAUUAAAUGGUCCAUUGACCUCUCCAAGCUCUAGCCCAUCGCUGCAUUAAUUUUAAGUAACUUUUUAUUAAAUUGUAACCUUACGUUUUUGUCAUCUCAUAGGGACAUUUUCGUUGAAAAACAUUGGAAAAGUGUGAUUGGUCGGUCUGUUUGUGAUCAUUUUUUUGAAGCUUUGUCCAAGGUAAGGUAUAUCUUUUGUUUUACAUAUUAUUUUCUGUCCAAUUUAUAGCCAUGCACUUUAUAAUGUUAUUUUAUUUUUACCUGUGUAGUUGUAAAAUUAAACUGAAGCUUACUUGCAUGUCAGUGGACUCAGGUCCUGCAGGUUUUAGCCUGUAGUAUUAAUUUCUUGUAUUUUUUUCUGUUAUUAUAUUCAUUUUUUAUUGUCCUGUAGUGAUUUUGUUGCAAAUAGUUACGGUGAAUCAUGAGUCUCUGUCCAUAACCAUAAGGAGGUGGCCAUGGUCCUGUCAGUGUUGACUAUUGUAUGAAUGAUUAUCCUUGUUGCUGUUGCAGUUUCAACCGAUCAUUAUGUCGCAUGUUGCCAUUAUGGCCCUCUUUCAAGGCCGCAUUUGCUUGUCAGAAUUUUACCCUAAAAGGCACGGUUGUUCAAAUGAUGAACAGUUCUAUCCAUUGGAUAAAUCACUCUUCAGCAGAUAAGUAUUAGGGAGACCAAUAAUUGCAUUAUCUGCUGGAUAGAGAUUUAUCCAGUGGAUAGCAUUAUCCAACAUUUGAUCAACUGGAGCCAGGGUCUUAGCAGUUGUUUGCAAAUUUAAUCCUUUCUGCUCUGCAUUUUUUCGUCAGAGCUGAUAUAAUUAUUGUAGACAUAUGUUUUUUGCUAGGCAAAUUCACCAGAAGAUGUGCCACCAGUAAUUGCUGCUCCUCAUCAUUACCUCAUAAGUAUCUACAGAAAUGAGCUGUUCUUCCUAGCAGUUGUACAGACAGAAGGUACUAGUUUAAAAAUAGUUUUAACAGGGCUGUUUUUAAGAUUUAAAGCUGAAGGUUGUGUGAAAUUAGUAGGCAGGGAAUUGAACAGCUAGGAAGUUCUUUUAGUUCUGUUUUCUUUUCUCUCCCUAUGAAAGUAGCCAAGGGUUAUGCAAAUAGUGUGUAGGCAGGCCCUUCCUCUAUAUAGUUCCCGAUCUAAGGUGCUCCUCUUGGCAGCUGUAUAAGGGCCGCCUUCCUCCACUCUAUCCAGCAUUCCCGCUCGAGACCUUCCAGGUGGUCUCUGUCCUAUCAAUCUCCCGUCAAUAACUAAAGAUACCGUAACUUUUAUUUUCAGUGGAAAAAAACCUUGUACCAGAAUAAUUUAGAGAAUAUUUCAUUUUUUUUUACAGUUUUCAGGGGCUAAAGAUGUAAUUAGUCAUCUGUAAUAACACCAAAGAAAACGUCUUAUGGGAGCCCGAGAAAGUGAAUGUCAAAUUUCACAAGGAUUGUGAAAACAUGGGUAAAAUUCUGAAAAUUUCAUAUGUAAGAUGCAAUUUUGUGAAAUUUGUCAUUCAUUUUCUCAGGCUCCCGUUAGAAAUUUUCUUUGGUGUUAUUACAGAUGACUAAAUUACAGCUUUAGCCCUUGAAAAAAUGUAAAAAAGAAUGCAAUAUGCUUUAAAUUUUUUUGGUACAAGGUUUUUGUCCACUGAAAAUUAAAAUUACUCACUUUCCUAGUGGAUUCUGUCUUUAUGUUUUGGAUAGGUGGUCGCUUUUUGGAGGUGAUCACUUAUGAGAGGUAGUCGUCGCACAUGGAGGUUCGACUGUGUGUACAGGCUGAACGCUUUGCUAUAAAUUUUGUUUUAUAACAUGAUCUAAAGAGAAAAGUGUUUAAAUUUGUUACCAGACAGUGAGGGGAAUGACUUGGUUAUUGUCACCUGACCAAUCAGAGUUUGCAGUUUACUUUUGUUAUGCUGUAAUACUGUAAUUAUAUGGUACUCUGGACAUCAUUGGCACUCUUUUCAAACCAUCAAAGAAAUUGGCACAUAGCUUAAAGGAGCGUGUAUAUCGAUGCUUAAAAAAAGUAACAUUUAUUGUAAAAAAAUCUUCUAAAUACAAUGGAGGGGAUUGUAGCCAACAUUUAGGGUCUGUAAUCCGCAUUAGCUCUGUAGAUUAGUUCAUACAUGUAUCACAUGUAAUUAUUUCAUACCCAGGGUGUGGUUUGAAUCCCUUCCUAACAUCCUUUCUUUGUUUGUUUGUUUUUUUUUUUUUCAGUGCCCCCUCUCUUUGUUAUUGAGUUUUUGCAUAGAGUUGUGGACACUUUUACAGAAUACUUUAGCAGUUGCACUGAGACAUCUAUCAAAGAUAAUGUUGUCAUUGUAUUUGAGGUAAGAAAAAAGGGCAAAGAAUCAUGUCAAUAUUAUAAUUAUUAUGAGUGCUGAUGCUAUAGGUCAAAUAUGUAUUUGGUUAAAUUAGUAUUCCUACUCAUGAAAAAAAUAAUAGUGAAAAUAAAAAAUAAUUACCAAUG